ACAAACAAACACUCUCUCUCUCUCUAGUCUCUAUCUCUCUAAACCUGCACGCGGGUUCUCUUACGCGGUUUUUUCCUUGUUUGUCAUAACUCCCAUCCCUGUCAUCAUUCGAUUUCUGUCUCUUCAAGGAACAAAUCCCCUUUAAAAUUCGGGAUUUCCAUUUCUUUAUGUGUUUUUCCUUCUUGCUUCUGUUUCAAACCUUCAAUUCAUUUUCUUAACUUUCAUUCUUCAUUUCAUUUUAGUAUAUAUUUCGUCACAAGCUCCCAUUUUCUUCACCUGGGCUUUUCAUUUGUUUCCAUUAGCUGGCCAAAUUCUCAACCUUUCUAGAUUCUGCUGUUCUCGUUUCCCUUCAGCUUUUCUCCAACUCUGCUUCUGUUCCUCAGGAAAUUUCGUAACUUGAUGAUUAGAAAAUGAAGUGUUUAUUCUUCAAACAAAAAUCCAAAUCCGACCCAGAAUUAAAAAACCCAAGCAAGAAGAAAAAUCAGGCUUUGAAUCGAGCAACUAAGUCCACCAGUUCGCUAUCAUCGCCAAGGAGUUUAAAAGAAUUGUACAAAGAGAAAGAACACAAUUUCAGAGUUUUUACUUUGCAAGAACUCGUGGAUGCAACACAUGGUUUCAAUAGGAUGCUGAAGAUUGGAGAAGGGGGCUUUGGGAAGGUAUAUAGAGGAACAAUUAGUUCUGAAGGUGGACAAGGUGAUUCAAUUGUGGUUGCAAUAAAAAAACUUAACACGUUUGGCUACCAGGGGCAUAAAGAAUGGCUUGCAGAAGUUCAAUUUCUCAGCAUAGUUAAUCACCCGAAUUUGGUUAAGCUUUUGGGAUACUGCUCUGUAGAUGGGGAAAGACGAAUCCAACGGCUGUUGGUGUAUGAGUUCAUGCCCAACAAGAGCCUAGAAGAUCAUCUUUUCAAUCGUUCUUUACCUCACUUGCCUUGGAGAACAAGGUUGCAGAUCAUGCUCGGUGCUGCUCAAGGAUUACAUUAUCUACAUGAGGGAUUGGAGGUUCAGGUGAUCUACCGAGAUUUCAAAUCUUCAAAUGUACUAUUGGACACGAAUUUCCAUCCCAAGCUCUCAGAUUUUGGUCUUGCUCGGGAGGGUCCAAAAGGUGAUCAGACUCAUGUAUCUACUGCGGUAGUUGGGACAGAGGGAUAUGCUGCCCCGGAGUAUGUUAGAACAGGUCAUCUCAAAGCUCAGAAUGACAUUUGGAGUUUUGGUGUGGUACUUUAUGAGAUCAUCACAGGAAGGAGGGCAUUGGAAAGGAACCUUCCGCCAGUGGAACAAAAGCUUUUAGAGUGGGUUACAAUAUACCCUGCUGAGAGUAGCGGAUUCAGCACCAUAAUGGACCCGCGUCUCAAGAACCAAUAUUCUCUUAGCGCAGCUCGUAAAAUAGCCAAGUUGGCAGAUAGCUGCUUAAAGAAGAAUCCUGAACAAAGGCCAUCCAUGAGUCAAAUAGUAGAAAGCUUGAAGCAAGCAUUGCAUUAUUCAGAAACCUCAAGCACUUCUAAGAAUAUGACUUCUGUAUCCUCUCGAUCUAAAUUGGUUCGAAAAGGCAAAUAGGGACAGUUCGGGAAUCAUAACAAUUAGCGGUCAACCUAGGAUGUCGAACAAGGGAAUGAUAUAUAGAAGCCUUUUUUUCCCCAUAAAAUUAAUCAAUAUUAGAGAAAAUGGGAGGGAGGGUCUAUAGUGUGAUUUGCUCAUAAUUUGUAAAUCUAUCCCCAAGGGAACCUUCAACCUUGUAUCAUGUAGUAUGCUAGAUAAGUAUGAGGCAGCUUGAAGUCAAAAUCUUUUAAUUAAAAAUGGAGAAUGUU